CCGUACAUCGCGCGAUGGGAUUCUCGAGAUGAAGCUUGGAUCGAUGACUUGGUGCUGAAGAUUUUUCUCAAGGACUACAUACCAACAUCUGACCACUUCGCUCCGUCGAGGCGAGCAGUGCAUCCAGCUUUCCAGUCCUUUCGUUGCGUCAGUCCACUCUCAAGUCACUCACAGAGUGCACGCACGCCGCAUCCGAUCACCAUCACAAGGUUAACCUUGAGAUCCUUGUGCAGUCGCCUCCACUCGACGCACUGUCAAAGCGCUGACACUUUGCGGAGGUUCGAACUCACAGUCGUCCCUCUACGGGAGCUCCCCGAGGCCUGUUUGAUCGGAGCUCAGAGCGUCGACCUUUUGCGCGCCGUGCACCAUGACCUGGGCUGGAUCGCCUGAAGAUGGCGGGAAGUUGCCAGGGUUACCCAACGAUCGCGUCUUUCCCCGCUAUUGGCUACAGCAGCAGCUCACACUCUCGCUCUUCAUCGGCAUCGGAUCGUUCCUGCUCUUUUCCCUCAUCAGACGCAAGUAUUCGAGCGUCUUUGCACCCCGCACCAAGUUGAAGGGCUUCACGCCGCACGCCCAGGGCAUCGACGAUGGCGUGUUCAGCUGGAUUCGGCCGACCAUUGCGACGCCGGAGUCGAGCAUUCUGCACAUCGUUGGGCUAGACGCUGCUGUACUGCUCUCCUUCUUCAAAAUGGGCUUUUGGAUCUUUGCCUUCCUGAGCAUCUGGACUUGCGGCGUGCUUAUGCCUGUGCACUGGCACUACAACGGUACCAUCGAUGGCGUGCCGCCAUCCGAGGAUGACAGACGUCGCCGCGAUCCGCCAAACGACGGAGGCCGCAAGCUCACCUUCGCACGAGUGGGUGACGACAAGAUGCCACUGCCAGGCCCGGGACAGCCGACUUUCCCUUGGUCGCCUCCGGAUGUGUCGGCGCUGCACUUGACCCACCUUCUCACCCUUUACCUCACCACCGCACUCGUCUUGCGAGCCCUUUGGAAAGGCGGACUUAAGUUCGUACGUAACCGCCAGCUGUACGCGCUUGAUCUGCUCCCUUCGAUUCCUGCACGCACGAUCGAGAUGCGUUACUUGCCGCAGCACCUGCGAGACGAGCGCAAGCUGGCGGAAUACUGGGAGAACUGCGGUCUGCAAGUCGAGAGCACGGCUGUAGGCAGGCAGGUUGGUGGGCUGGGCGGAAUGCUGGCCAGAAGAGCCAGCAAGCUGUACGAGCUGGAAGGAGCUUGGGUCAAAUGGCUCGGCAAUCCAACCAGCGCUGAAGGCUACGAUCCAGACAAGAUCGCUGAAGCAUUGCAAUCCAGGGCGGAGCAGUUUGCAGUGGUGCAGAGCGCGAUAUCCGCCAAUGGUCGCAACCCUACCAGUGCUGCUGACAUCGAUACGGAAAGGGCGCCACUCUUGAGCAGCACUCAGCAGCAGCAGACUUUGGACAUGCCCGAUGCUCUGGCCAGCAUCAAGCAUCCCGCUGGCCGGGCACGACCCACCAAAAGACUUGGGUGGCUCGGAAUGGGUCGCAAGGUCGACCUGCUGGACCAUCUCGCGCGUGAAUUUUUUGCGCUGGACUCUGCCGUCAGAAGCAUGCGAGAACAGGACAGGCCAAGCGCUAAUACCGGCUAUGUCACCUUUGUCGACGCCGCGAGCGCACAAAUCGCCGCACAAACAGUGCACUACCCUCUACCCUUCUAUUGCAAAUCCAGUCUCGCCGUCGAGCCUAGAGACCUCAUCUGGUCCAACGUCUCCUUGGCGCCUCUCGAACGCCGCCUGCGCCAACUGCUUGUCUCGGCCUUCACCUUCACCCUGUUCAUCUUCUACAUUCCACCUUUGGCAUUCUUGGCAUCUUUGCUCAGCCCUGCGGCUAUCGAAAAGUACUUGCCUUGGCUUUGGAAAGUCCUCGAACGCAGCGAUCGUCUCAAAGCCCUCGUUCUCACCUCUCUACCCUCGUUGGUUUUGAUCUCUUUCAACGCCCUGCUGCCUAUGGUGUUGGAAUGGACUGCUUACCUUCAGGGUCUACGCGCAAAAAGCCUGGUGGAGCUCAGCGUUCUCAAGCGGUAUCAUCUCUUUCUGGUGAUUUCCGUCAUCUUCAUCUUCUUGGUCACCACCACGCUCUGGAGUGUACUGCAAGACCUAGCUACGAGUCCAGCCAAGGUGUUGGACAAGUUGGCGCAAUCUCUACCUGGCGCACGCUUCUUCAGCUUGUCAUACGUCGUCCUGCAGUCCCUCGCAGUCAUGCCAUUGCAGUUGCUGCAACUGCCCUUGGUCCUGUCUAGGGCUUGGGGUCGACUGUUCGCUCGCACGCCGCGUGAACACGCUGAGCUGAAUGCACCUCCGCAGCUAUACGCUGGCAGCGUGUAUCCUGCUGCAAUCAUUGUCUUCACGCUUGGCGUCGUCUACAGCAUCGUCUCGCCUUUGGUCACCGUUUUUGGUGCGAUCUACUUCGGGAUUGGAUACGUGGUCUUCAAGUACAAGCUGCUUUUCGUCUUUUACAAGGCAUACGAGAGCAAGGGACAAGCUUGGCUCUUGACAUCCACUCGAUGCGUGUGGGCCCUAUUGCUCUAUCAGGUCUUUCAGAUUGGCUUGUUCUCCUUCAGGAAGCAAGUCUUCCUCUCCCUCUUGUGCUUGCCACUGUUUGUUGUGACUGCGUGGUACGGCAGACAUCUCAACAAGACGCUUCAGCCGCUCAGCGAGUAUGUGAGCCUGUCCAGCAUCACGGCUGUCACUCGUCAAGAGGCGGCCGCCGCAGCCGCGGCGUCGCAAGGGAGAUCAUUGUCCAGCAUCACGCCGCGCCAUGAAGACGUCAACCCGCUACUGGCGCUGCGUCUUGGAACCACGCCGGACGCUGAACACACUGCUUUGGCUCGCAAGCGGUAUAGCGCAAAGGACGAAACCCUAUUUGUUGCGCAACGCGAUGCGCACACGGAUUACAGAGAGCCUCCAGCAACCGGGUACUACAAUGGUACUCUCGAUACCGGUCGAAGGAGAUAUGGUCAUCCCGCGCUCACAGGUCAGCUGCCAGAGCCAUGGCUACCAAUCCCCUCGGAAGACUUUGCGGACAAGGCGCAAGGGACGCUCGACGACCAAGCAGCCGCGGAGGAAGCAGCUGCUGGCGGAGACACCAGUCAAGGAAGCGCAGUCGAAAGAACGCGCAAGAGCAGCACUUCCUCUGACGUGGUGGUGCUCUCCCUCCGCCGACGCAAGUCUUCCCUCUUGAGAAGGUCUGGCGUCUCAUCGCUUCUCAGAUCCGGAAGCGUUCUCUCAAGCAUCUCACGUUCAAACGCGCCUCAGCGGUCGAGCAGUCUCGGUCCGGCAAAGAAGAGCGGUGGCUCGCAAUCGGCUGAAGAAUCUGCAGGCGUGUGGGGAGGUGUGCAGCAAGGACCUAGAGGGUCCAGCGCAGGCGCAGCGCUCGGAGAAGCUCUGGGCGGGCCAGAGACUGUCGCGCCGUCCCGACGCAAGGCGCAGAAGCGUGGCACUACAGCCGACUCCUCCUUGCUGGACCACAGCGUGAGAGAAGAGGAAGAUGAAGAUGGCCCGCGAUCGCGGUCGGCACCUCGAGGCGCUCCAGUAAGAGUUCUCGACGGGGAGGCUGAAGCGUUGGAACCCGAUCAGGACGAAGAUGAUGUCGAAGAUGAAGAGGACGAAGCCGCGGAAGGCGUCUAUUACCACAGACGUCCGCGAGACUUGCCAGGAAGCUUUCCAGGCUUUUUGGAGGACGAGUAGACGCUCGUUGGGACUGCUGCCUCGUCCACAGAUUGUCAAGCGUUCCGAGGUGCUUGCCCGCGCCGAUCGCUACGUGAAGAGCUCCGUACACUUUGUUUCACGCACCUUCGUAUAUGUCCACAUCCUCAGUGCCCUGGACUCAGCACCCAGCGUCGCUCACGGCACUCCCGUGAAAUGUAUGUAUUUUGAAGGUC